UCAAGAGCUAAGCUUUUUAGCUGGACAGAGAACCGGACCGUGGCAGUAUCUUCUCUACGGAAAAUCUGAAGAAUACGCCUAAACUUUGUAUUUCUGGAGGAUUCUGCUUCUCAAGACGUAAACUUCAAAGUUUGCCCAUUCUGGACUUGCAAAUAUACUUGUUGUUUAUUUAUUUAGCUAUUAAAUCAUUAGCUAGCUAGGCAACGUCUACGUUUUCUCUCAACUGGACACAUCAAGUAUAAUAUCGGUUGCAAUGCAAGUCGUUUAACUUCAGAAAAUACUCAAAGGAUAUCUCUGGUGAUUAGGUAUUUCACUUAUGCAUUUUGCACAUCAAUAACUAAAUAGUAUUUUUAUGAAAUUCUUCGGACUUUUAUCAAACUAGUUACGAAUUGUGAGACAUCGUUUCCAGUUCGUAUCGGAAAGACUCCAACUCCUUUCAUUCACUGUCGUGAAUACAGUUUUCUGGAAUAUUUGAGUUUUGCUAGUAGCUAAACGUAUUUUGAUUUGAACACAGUCGUUAUUUAAAUUUACUAAAAUGAUGCGGCUGCCCAAAGGCGUUUCUCCUGCGUCUGGCCGAGGUGCUGUWGGAGGGCUGUCGUGUUCACAGAAUAAAGUUUUGUCUGGAGUGAAGACAGAAUUCUUCARCACCGGGUUAUGCAGUUCACCGAUGAACUCUGUACGGGCUGGAUACUUCACCCAAAUCUGCAACACGACAGCGGCCGAACAAAGGGUGAACUGCCUCUAUGGAACUCCCCAUGGACCUGAAGCUAAACCCAUCAGACCCUCCGGCAGACUCCCGGCCAAGAGGAAGCUGGACCUGGAGGACCCCCUCUACCUCCCAGAAUUCAGGACUCCCAAAGGAAAGGGGAGUGUGGCCACAGCCAGAAUCCCUAGUCCCAAAACGCCCAAGUCCCCCGGCGAGCGGACGCGCUACGACACCUCCCUGGGUCUGCUGACCAAGAAGUUUGUCGGCCUGCUGAGCGAGUCACCUGACGGCGUGCUGGACCUCAACUGGGCCACCGAGGUCCUCGAGGUGCAGAAGAGACGCAUCUAUGACAUCACCAACGUGCUGGAGGGCGUGCAGCUGAUCCGCAAGAAGUCCAAGAACAACAUCCAGUGGAUGGUGGGUGGCGUGUUCGAGGGCUCGGCCAGCAGCGGGGAGAAGUCGUGCGCCCUGAGGAAGGAGCUGGGAGAGCUGGAGAGGGCCGAGAAGGCCCUGGAAGACCUGAUCACGUCCAGCAGCACCCAGCUCAAGGAGUUGACCGAACACGGGGACAACCAGGGACAACUAGGUUACGUCACCUACCAGGACAUCAGGUCUAUAACCAGCCUGCAGGACCAGACGGUCAUCGCCGUCAAGGCCCCAUCAGAAACCAAGCUGGAGGUGCCUGAGUCCUCGGGGGGAUCCCAACAGAUCUACCUGAAGAGUAAGAACGGCCCCAUCGAGGUGUACCUCUGUCCCGAGGAGGGCCUGGAGGAUGCCAGCCCCGUCAAGAACACCACCACCCCCAGGAAAGACUCCCCUCAUCACCCGCUGGGUCACACUGCCACCCCCUCCGUCGCCAUGGCACCACCACAGUACACCACUAUCAAACAGGAGCCCCAAUACACCGACGUCAAGCAGGAGCCCAUGGAAGCUGAACUCUCCAGACCUGCGUCAGUAUCCCUCCCCAACACCUCCACCACCAACACCACCACCCUCCUGGACGUAGAGGGCCUCCUGGGCCUGCCCCCCAGCUUGCUCCAGAUGACAGAGGACCAGCUCCCGGGCCCCGGGUUCACCCCCGACCCCAACGCCCCCUUCGUCAGCUUCUCUCCGCACCUCGACCACGACGACUACCUCUGGGGGCUGGAGGAUGGCGAGGGCGUGUCCGACUUCUUCGACACCUACGACCUGGGGGACCUGCUCCAGAGCUGAGGGAGGGAGAGAGCGGAUGGGAUUAUAGCCUAGUUACGACCACGUUACUUGACCUGAAGCAACUCUGAGCCCUAGUUAUAAUAACUAGGGCUCAGAGUAUAUAUAAUAUAGGCUAUAACUGGUCAAGGGAAAACUCCUGUCCCUAUUCAAGAAGGAGUAGAGGUAGGGGGUGAGGGGAAAUGUUACACUAUGAAGCCAUCAACCUUUGCUUUAGCCGUGUCUAUACCACGUUAAUGAUUUGUCUAAAACGGGCCCCUUGUGUCUGUUCAUUUGUAUAUACAUGUGUAUACUUUUUGGGUUUGGAUUUAGGGUAGUGCCUGGAUUGACACUGGUUUGUGUGCGCUGUGUGUGUCCAGCUUAUGAAGCUCUCAGCAUUGUGGUUUGUGUAUUUGUAUAGUGGACAGUUUGUGUCCGUCUCGUUUCUAUGCUGUGUGAAAAUGCUAUGUGCUGUUUGAAAAUAUAGACACAGCACAUUUUUUUUUAAUGCAUAUCUGAUGAUCAGCAAAAAAAUAAACUCGGGCAUUUUGGGUUGGGGGUGUUAUAUUAAUAACUCUCAGGAUUUCUUUGUGACUUCAAAAGUCUAAAUGUUUAUAGUGCGUAUCUUUGGCCAUUAGGGGGCAGCAUUGUAUUAUGUCAGCUGUAACUUGCCAGCUUCAGAAGGUUGAAUCACUCGGUGUAUGUUUUAAAACCGAAGUGAAACGGGGAGGUACUACUGAACGUCUCCAAUAAGAACAGAUUUUCUCUUUGUCCGCUGCAAAACUUAUUCGAAAUAUUGUGCCCUACUGAUCACGACCCAGGUGAUAACUUAAUGUGACGUUUCAACGAGGUGUAGGAGUACGGGUAGGGUGUAGUUGUCGGGUGUUCCCAAGACAUCUGUUUAUAUUGGGGACCUGACCUGGUCACUACAUCGAGCCUCAAGCUUUAUGGAAGGUCAGGUGGUGAAGUAUUCUGUCUCCCAUGCCAGAAUGUGUCCACAUCUAAUCAUAGAGCACAGGUGUCAAAGUCAUUCCAUGGCGUAUGUGCAGGUUUUUGCUCCUCCCUUGUAUUUGAUUGAUGAAUUAAAGUCAUUAAUUAGUUAGGAACUCCCCUCACCUGGUUGUCUAGGUCUUAAUUGGACACAAAUUGGAAGGAAAUAACUCAAACCAACAGACACCCGGCCCUCUGUAAAAUGAGUUUGACACCCCUGUCAUAGAGGUUCGUUAGAAGCAGUUCUGGACCCAUAGCCAAAGACGCAGAAGCUGCAUUCCAAAAUGUUCCCUAUAUAGCGCACUGCUUUUGACCAGAGGUCAUAGGGGAUAGUGUGCGAUUUGGGACGUAGCCAGGGUCUUUUUGGUGACUGAUAUUAUCCAUCUGCGUGGUGAUCCCUAGUCGAUAUGUGACUGACUAGAGUAUCAUGCUUUGCUCUUGGGAAUCGGCAGCUGGGUUUCACAUCGUGAAGCUUCUCUAUCAAGAUGCAUUUGAUCGGUGUUUUGUAGUAUCUAGAAUUUGUAGUAACAAAUGACUUUAUAUUUCCAAGGAAAUAAUCUAGUAAGGAUGAUAAUACGCAACAACAUCUGGGUGUUUUGAUUUAGGCAGUAAUUAAAAUUAACUAGAGGGCAAUUUUAAUUUCCCACUUCUUUUGAAACGAGAUGAAGUCUUUGAUUAAAUGGUGGUUUGUGUGUUGUUGAACGCUCGCCAUGCACCCAUAAUAGGGAACAAAGAGCAAAAAAUGUAUGAAGGCAUGGCCCCACGUGUGUGGUAGUUUAAACCUGGGAGACAGAGCCGAAAUUACACGCCAUGGUCAGAUUUCUCCCUCUGUCUUUUAGACUGGGCUGUGUUCGCACCAAACUGAACAAAACCCAUCUCAAGACGUCUUUGAGCAUGAUUUCCGUGUUGGUGCGUUUUCUGCCUCUUCCCCAAUGCGGGUAAAGUCAAUUGUCCUGUCCUAACAAACUUGAAUAUUUUGUGUGCGUGUGGUUUGUGUGUGUGUGUGUGGAAGGUUGGGAAAUGGGUGUUUUUUUAAGUUGUAGAUUUGUAGACAAUUUGAAUACAAAAAUUGUUUAUUUAAAAUGUUUUAUUGUGCAUCAUUUUUUGUAACUGUACAGAAUUUAAUUUGUAUUUAUAAUUUUUUUUCCUGAAAUCAUUUAUGUUUUUAAUACUGACGAUUUGUAAAAAAGCAACUGUCUUUGACAUGCGGCACUUAAUAUUUUGUAAUAUUGUGGUUGGUUUGAAAAGAAUAAAGUAUUGAAGCCAUGGUGUAAA